GCAAACGUCGAGUUUGAUUGGAGCUUUCAGUGUCGUAAACUGUAGGGGUAAAACACGCGUGGACAUUAGAGGCGGCGUGUCUGUGUUCUAGCAUUUAACGAUGGAAGCUAAACCUAAAUCACCCCUUUCCCCCAAGGGAGGAAAGUUGAAACAAAAAGGCAAUGAUUCUUCUGGGAAAGCAUCAAAUAGUAGGCCACCUGGUAAAAAGCCUUUCAAACCAUACAACAAGAAAGAUAUGAUGGGCAACAUGGGGAAGAGUAGAGAUAACACCAAGAAACAACAUACAUUUGUUAAAGAUGGGAAAGGGCCAAAGAAGAAAUUACUAAGCGGUAAAGGGGAAGGUGGAAAAGGCUCAAAGAGAAAAUUAUCAAUCGACAAAGGCGAAGGUGGAAAAGGGCCUAAGAGAAGAUUCCCUGUUGACAAACGAAGAGGAGACAAUACAAAAGAUGAUGGAGGUCCGCAGGCAAAGAGGUUCAAGAAAGGAGAGUUCAAGCCACAGAAGAAAAAGCAGGGAGCACAGGAGACAGAUGAAGAGCUGAAGAAGAACAGGCUGCAGAAGAAAAAAGACCUGAAGAAAAGCAGACAGCAAGCAGAUCGAAAGGACAUGUACCAAAUAAUCAAUCAGGCCAAACAAGUGUGGGGAGACUUAAGGAUGAAGAAGUGUGAGAGCGAUUUGAAGAGGAAGCUGAUGAAGGACCUUCAUGAUCUUAUUAGGGGGAAGUACAAAGAGAUGGCGUACGCGCAUGACUCUGUGCGAGUGCUGCAGUGUUUUAUCCAAUGGGGUAGUCAUGAGCAAAGACAAGAAGUGUUUGACGCCCUUAAAGAUGAUGUCGUUGCUUUGUGUAAGUCGCAGUACGGCAAGCACGUUGUGAAAAAGUUGCUGAUGUAUGGGAAUAAGGAGCUGGUGGCAGCUGUGAUGCAAACGUUUAAGGGUAACGUGCGACCGAUGCUUCGCCACGCUGCCGCUUCGGCCAUCAUUGAGUACUCCUACAACGACAAAGCUGUGCUUGCGCAGAGACUCAUGCUCACCGAGGAACUGUAUGGAAACGCCUUCGCCAUUUGUAAGUCAUCGGUGUGCAACACUAUCGAUAAGGUUGUAGAAGCCAACCCGGACAAGUUGCGCCAUAUCAUCAAUGAUAUGAAGCAAAUUCUUACGCCAAUGGCACAGAAAGAGCAGGUCAUCAAACAUUCUCUCGUCCACAAAGUAUUCCUGGACUUUUUCUUGUUAAGUCCUGCCAAAGAGAGAGCGGAAAUGAUUGAGUCCAUAAGGGAGGCAGUAGUCUACAUGGCUCACACUCAUGAUGGAGCUCGAGUGGCCAUGCACUGUCUGUGGCACGGCACCACCAAGGACAGGAAAGUCAUCAUCAAAACAAUGAAGACAUACAUGGUGAAGUUUGCCACGGGGGAGUUUGGUCACCUGGUUCUUCUCGCUAUAUUUGACUGUGUGGAUGACACCAAACUUGUCAAACAGGCUGUGUUGUCCGAGCUCAUGUCAUCAUUGGAUGAGGUCAUCAGUAACAAGUAUGGCAAAAAGGUUCUGUUGUACCUGCUGAGCCCCAGAGACCCGGCUCAUUUGCUGCCUGAGAUCAUCAAGGUGCUGGAAAAAGGAGAUGGCAAUGCGCACAGUAAAAAGGACACGGCGCUUCGAAGGAAGGAGCUACUUGAGGUUGUUUCCCCGCAGUUGCUGGAUUAUCUCCGUGACAAUGCCGCCGCCAUGGUUAUGGACAAAGCCACCAGCGUGACAGUUAGCGACAUCCUGGCGGCAGCCUGCGGCGAGUUGCGACCCGCUAUGGCUGCUGUGGCUCAGCUGGCCAAUCAAGAUCUAGUGCCUGGAGGUGUUGAAGGACAGCUUCACAUGGCAGAACAUCCUGCAGGGCAUCUGGUGCUCAAAUGGCUGAUAGAGCAGGAUGUCACUCUGGCUGAGACUGGCAAAGAAGAGCGCUUUUCCAGGAUCUUGGUGGACACUGUUGGAAUGGAAAAACUGAAGAGUUGGGGAAAAGUCAACAGAGGAGCCAUGGUGCUCUGCAGCCUUCUGAACAGCUGCGACAAGUCUGUGGUGGCAGAUGUGAAGACAGCUUUACAAGACUUUGAGCUUGACAGUGGCAGCAGCAGCAGCAAGGGAGCUGAAAUCCUGCUGGAAAUCUUGAAAAAAUAGAUCAACCAGUCAUACAAACAGCUUGUGACACUCUGCAUCACUUUGGAUCUGGAAGUAGGACUGCGUUGCUCCAGAAACAGAUGAGGAACAUAUCGAAACUAUUUCAAGAUGUUUAAUACCGAAAAACGUCUCAGAGAGAGAGCACAGAACAUCAUCAACUUCGGCUGAUGUUUGAGUACUUGUAAACACAUCUCUACUCCAAAGUUAAUUGGGGUCUUCUGCUUGAGGAUCACUGAAAAUAAUCUCUGGAGUAAAUAGCGUAAUCCGGUUUAACAAAUGGACAGACGACCCGAUUAAGUGAUGCUCUUAGGACCCAAAGAGUGAGACAUCAAAUUACGACAGAAUUCAUUAGUGUGUCACAAGGUUGUGCCCUGGAGAUGAACCUCGUCACAUUAGCAAAGAAGGUUUACACCUAAAAAGUUACAUGAUAGUUUUGCUUUGCAUUUGCUGUUCUACUUGAGAACACGAUAAAGACCAGUUCUACU